CUUUAUUCAACCACUCUUAGGUGAAGCUUUAACUUCAGACUUUGAGGUGGGCUCCGUGCACGUAACUGGAAUGCUUUCUCUCUCAUUCCUUCCCAGCGUAGCAGAAGCGAUCGGACACAGUGUAAGCUCAUCUCAUAGCUCCGAUUAGCUGCUCCUGCUUUUUGUUGAUACUGGACAUGAAAUAAUGGCUUUUAUUACUUCGCAUAACCAUUCGGAGUGGAAUAACGGCUGUUCCUGUAAAUAGCAAUUCUUUUUCUCGUCUUUCAGAAAAUUAACAGUUUAAAGAGGACACUUUACAAGAGGCAUUUUUUUGUUUUGAAAGGAAAUAGCAUGCUUCUGUUUCUUCAGAAAAAUAUCAAAUUAAAGGAAAACAAUCGAUUGUAAAAUAACUCAUCUGGUUAUAGAGCAUGAGGAAAUAGUUUCUGCAUUGGAAAUUUUGAACAAGUGUUCAGAAGUGAAAGUUGAAAGCAGCUCUUUUACAGCAGAUAUGGAUUUAUCAGAAUGUAGCGACUGUUCAAAGUUUAUACUUGGAUAAUUUUGGACAGAACUCCUCCCCCUUUUAUUUUUGACCUCCCGAAGAGGCUAUCAUCAUUCAGCUUUCAGAAUAAUGAAUGAUUUCUAUCAUGUGGAGUUGAAGUUACUAUCGUUGACUACUAUGCUACACAGAAGAGUUUGUAAGAAAUACAAGGAAAGCAAUUUCUGAUAACGGCUUUACAAAAAACCAACAGAAGAAAGAUUCUUCAUGCACAGACUUUAUUUGAGGGGAAAAAUAGAAAUCAUUCCUGCAUAGUGACAGAAAUUUGAAGCUUUUCUUUUCCACAAUCUGGUGUGCUUAUGUACCAUGAUAAAUCUUCGUUGGAAUGUUCUCUGAAUACAGUGGAACUAAUCAGAAAGCAUUUACUACCAACAACAAUCAACUGAGUAAACAACAUCAGCGAAGACCAGCUACAUGGAAUAAACUGUAAGACUCCAAAAGUCAUUUUCCUUAGUGAAAAAUGUGUGUUUGUUGGAUUUCUACAAGCAAAAAGUUUAUUCGUACUUUUAAAUAAGGUUGUUGAAGACCAGAAAACUAGCCUGUACAAAUCUCAUUGUUCCUGACCAUGAUCAGUGUAACUUGGAACAUCUUCCUAAUUUGGACUAAGAUAGGGCUGUUGCUUAAAAUGGCACCUCAUUGUGUCAGUGCCAAAUCAUGCCCAUCGGUGUGUCGCUGUGAUGCAGGUUUCAUUUACUGUAAUGAUCGUGAAUUGACAUCCAUUCCUACAGGAAUUCCACAGGAUGCUACCACUCUCUACCUUCAGAACAAUCAAAUAAAUAAUGCGGGGAUUCCUUCUGACCUGAAAAACUUACUUAGGGUAGAGAGAAUAUACUUGUAUCACAACAGUUUAGAUGAAUUCCCUACCAAUCUCCCCAAAUAUGUUAAAGAACUGCAUUUGCAGGAAAAUAAUAUAAGGACCAUUACUUACGAUUCUCUGUCACAAAUUCCCUAUCUGGAAGAAUUGCAUUUGGAUGAUAAUUCAGUUUCUGCUGUUAGUAUCGAAGAUGGAGCUUUCCGGGACAACAUCUAUCUCAGACUACUUUUUCUCUCUCGAAAUCACCUUAGCACCAUUCCCUGGGGUUUGCCUAAAACAAUAGAAGAGCUACGCUUGGAUGAUAAUCGUAUUUCCACCAUUUCAGAGGUGUCCCUUCAAGAUCUUACUAAUCUAAAACGUCUGGUUUUAGAUGGAAAUCUUUUAAACAAUCAUGGAUUAGGAGACAAAGUCUUCAUGAAUCUAGUCAAUCUAACAGAACUGUCAUUGAUCCGCAAUUCCCUUAUAGCUGCUCCCAUAAAUUUGCCAGGCACAAACCUAAGAAAGCUUUAUCUCCAAGAAAAUCAUAUAAAUCGUGUACCACCUAAUGCUUUUGCUGACCUAAGGCAGUUGUAUCGACUGGAUAUGUCCAAUAACAAUCUAAGCAGUUUACCUCAGGGUAUAUUUGAUGAUCUGGACAACAUAACUCAAUUGUUUCUUCGAAACAACCCAUGGUACUGUGGAUGCAAAAUGAAAUGGGCCCGUGAUUGGCUUCAGUCAAUGCCUUUAAAAGUCAAUGUACGUGGACUGAUGUGUCAAGCACCAGAGAAAGUGCGUGGAAUGGCUAUCAAGGAUCUCAACACAGAGCUAUUUGAUUGUAAGGAUGAUAGUAUUGUAAGCACCAUCCAAAUUACUACUGCAAUACCAAACACAUUAUACCCUGCCCAAGGGCACUGGCCCGUUUCUGUGACCAAACAAUCAGAGGUAAAGACUCCCAGUCUCAACAGACACUACAGAACCACAGCAAGUCCAGUACGGAAAAUCAUUACAAUUAUUGUGAAAUCUGUAAGUACUGAGAGCAUUCAUAUUUCUUGGAAAGUUGCACUACCCAUGACUGCUUUAAGACUGAGCUGGCUUAAAAUGGGCCACAGUCCUGCCUUUGGAUCUAUAACUGAAACCAUAGUUACAGGAGAUAGGAGUGACUACCUACUUACAGCCCUUGAACCAGAGUCACCAUACCGUGUAUGUAUGGUUCCCAUGGAAACCAGCAACAUCUAUCUGUCUGAUGAAACCCCUGUUUGUAUAGAGACUGAAACAGCACCUUUGAAGAUGUACAAACCUACAACAACCCUAAACCGAGAGCAAGAGAAAGAGCCUUACAAAAAUUCGAAUUUACCUUUGGCUGCCAUCAUCGGUGGUGCAGUGGCCCUAGUGGCUAUCGCAUUACUUGCACUAGUGUGCUGGUAUGUCCACAGAAAUGGAUCCUUGUUUUCAAGGAACUGUGCGUACAGCAAAGGACGGAGGAGAAAGGAUGACUAUGCUGAAGCUGGAACUAAGAAAGACAACUCCAUCUUAGAAAUCAGGGAGACUUCUUUUCAGAUGAUACCAAUAAAUAACGACCAAGUGUCCAAGGAGGAGUUUGUCAUACACACCAUAUUCCCACCUAAUGGAAUGAAUCUGUAUAAGAACAACCACAGUGAAAGCAGCAGUAACAGGAGCUACAGAGACAGUGGCAUACCAGAUUCAGAUCAUUCACAUUCAUGAUACUGAAGGAAAUAAUGGACUUCGGUUUGUUUUUCCAACAAGGAGAGACUGACUGUAAACGUUGCUGUUCUACUGCAAAACACUGGAUUAAAAGAUUGAAAAAAGCAAUGUACUGUACAUUUGCCAUAUAAUUUAUAUUUAAGAACUUUUUAUUAAAAGUUUCCAAUUUCAGGUUACUCCUGCAAUUAAUGUAGUGGGGAUACCUGACCACAAUUCUCUAUUUUAGUAUUUUUUAGUAAUUUGUACUGUAUUUUCCUUGCUAAUAAUGAAGUUACAGACCAUUUAACCUUUGUGUUCUACUGAGUAAGAUGACUUGUUGACUGUGAAAGUGAAUUUUCUUGCUGUGUUGAACAAUCAGGACUUUGCAUUCAUUUAAGAUCCUUGUAAGUAUAAGCACAGGCCAUUUUUCACUUUGAUAUUAAUAAAAUAUUAAACCUGGAAGACUGAGGAGAUGAAAAAGUGGUUGCAAAAAUUCUUAGAACUAUAAUGUUGGGUUUUUAACUCUAUUGUAAACCACGACAAUACUCAAUAAACAAAAACGCUCGUGGUAAUGGGCAACAUCA